GAAAAGCGUUUUUCAUUUUUUCAACUCUAUUCCUCUGGUUCAUUUUUUGGUUUUUUUUUCUUUUAAAAAAAUUCAAAGAACAAGAGAAAUGUCUGAUUUGCCUCGUGGUGACUUGUCUGUUGUCCUUGGUGCCCAGUGGGGUGACGAGGGCAAGGGAAAGCUUUCUGAUAUUUUGUGUGCUCAGGCUGAAGUCUGUGCUCGCUGCCAGGGUGGUAACAACGCUGGCCACACUAUCGUUGUUGGUGAUGUCAAGUACGACUUCCACUUGUUGCCUUCAGGCCUCAUCAACCCCAACUGUGUCGCCUUUGUCGGUACUGGUGUUGUUGUUCACUUGCCUGCCUUCUUUGAGGAACUCGAGAAGCUCCAAAAGAAGGGUUUGAACUGUGACAAGCGUCUGUUUGUCUCUGACCGCUGUCACCUUGUGUUCGAUCUCCAUCAAACUGUCGACGGUCUCAAGGAACUCGAACUCGGACGUGGAAGCAUCGGCACCACCCGCAAGGGUAUUGGACCGGCCUACUCUUCCAAGGCCUCCCGCUCGGGUCUCCGUAUCCACCACCUGUACAACUUUGAAGACUUCUCCACAAAGUUCCGUGUGUUGGUUGAAAACAAGCGCAAGCGUUACGGUCACUUUGAGUAUGAUAUCGAGGCCGAGCUCAUCCGCUACAAGGCUCUUGCCGAGCGUCUGAGACCCUAUGUUGUUGACGGUGUCUGGUUCAUUCACCAGAAGAUCAAGGAAAACAAGUGCGUACUUGUCGAGGGCGCCAAUGCCCUCAUGUUGGAUCUUGACUUUGGUACCUACCCCUAUGUCACAUCAUCCAACACCGCCAUCGGUGGUGUCUGCACUGGUCUGGGUGUUCCCCCUAACAAGAUCAAGAAGGUGAUUGGUGUCGUCAAGGCUUACACCACACGUGUUGGUGGUGGUCCCUUCCCAACUGAGCAGCUUAACGAUAUUGGUGAGCAUCUCCAGACUGUCGGAUUCGAAUUUGGCGUGACCACUGGCAGAAAGCGUCGUUGCGGUUGGUUGGACAUGGUAGUUGUCAAGUACUCUACCAUGAUCAACGGUUACACUAGCUUCAACGUCACCAAGCUCGAUAUCCUUGAUCAGUUGCCCGUCAUCAAGGUUGCUGUUGACUACAUCCACAACGGUAAGCCCAUGCUCUCCUUCCCCUCUGAGCUUGAGCUCCUUGAGGAGAUCGAGGUUAAGUAUGUUGAGCUUCCUGGCUGGCAGUCCGAUAUCUCCAAGUGCAGAACUUGGGAAGAGCUUCCUGUGAAUGCCAAGAAAUACAUUGAGUUUAUCGAGAAGGAGUCUGGCGUACCUGUCGAAUGGAUUGGUGUUGGUGCUAGCAGAGAUGCUAUGAUCCACAGAGUCCAGUAAAUAGUUCUUUUUUUUCCCUUUCCUUUAUAUAUUUAUUUUACUUCUUCUUUUUCUUAUACUCCAAAGAAAAGAGAAAAUCCCCCCUUUCUCUUUUGUUAUAACCUUCUUAUCUUGUUUUUUUAUACAUAAAGAAAUCAAUACAGCAAACUACAAUAUCAAUUGAAUCACUAUGAUAAUUAAGAUUCUUCUGGACAC